UGGUUAUCAAUGUCCAGCAGUGCCACCCGCCAGUGCCUUCCAGUGCUGCUUAUUAGUAUCCAUCAGUGCAGCCUCAUCAACACACAUCACUGAAAUCAUCAGAGCACUGAUGAUCAGUGUGCCCUGAUGAUCUGUGUAGCCCCAGCAGUGCCACCUGUCAGUGUCCAUCAGUGCCAACUCUUAGUGCUCAUCCAUGCCACCUGCCAGUGCCACAUUUCAGUCCCCAUCAAUGCCACAUAUCAGUGCCCAUCUGAGCUGCCUUUCAGUGUCACCCAUCAGUGCCAGUCAAUGCCACCUAUCAGUGCUGCCAAUCAGUGCCGCCUCUCAGUGCCAGUCAGUGCCGCCUAUCAGUGUGCAUCAGUGCCGUCUAUCAGUGCCCGUCAGUGCUGCCUAUCAGUGCCACCUAACAGUGCCAGUCAGUGCCGCCUAUCAGUGCCAUAUAUGAAUGCUGCCUUUCAGUGCCUAUCA